GUCGCGUCUCCUGUGGUUGGCUCAGUGUGGCCGCCGGCCCCGAACAGGACGGAAGCAAGUGUGUGUGAGCGGUCCCGGUGACUCAGCCCAGGUGUGCGCUAGAAGUCUGACACCUUCAUUCACACACGCUUGAGUACUACUUAUAUUUCGCGACUUAAUAAUGUUUCAGUGCGGACCGAGAUGUCGUCCAGUUUUCGGUUUCAUUUUGUGGAUUAUUUAUGAUAUUUGUCUAGCUACGCUAGUGUAACCUUUAUUGUACCUAAAUAGACAGUAAUGUUCUUUGAGUGUUUGUGUUUAUCCUUAUAAGUCUUACGCUAAUAAGAACAUAUUUCAUGCGAAAGUGAGAGAUAUUUGAAGGUCAUUUUGAAUAUGUGGAUUUCUAAAGGGGAAACAAUGCGGCUGUUAGUGGUGUUGAUUUGUUUACUAGUGAUAGUGUCGGUGGCGGGCUCGAGAGGCAGGAGACCACGCCGUCAAAAUCUCAGAUGGCAGGCCAGGGCGCAGCGUCGAAGGUCCCAGACCCUCCCUGAACACCCAGAGUUUGGUGCACCAGGGCCUACUAGAAUGCCUGAGCAUACCUCCGUCUGCCCUGAUCGACUCACGCUGGAGGAGCGGGAAGAACUAGCUAAUCUCAUUUUUACUGGCCGUGUGGAAUGGCUUACAGGUGGCAGGACUUUGGCCAGCCGUAGCAAUGUGGGCGUUGAGGGCGUGGCUGGGGGCGUACGGGUCAAGAGAGUGUUUAAAGGAGGAGCGAGCCUGGCAGAGCAGGUGGUGCAGGUGGACGGCCUCGGGGGGUGGAAGGUGUGUCAGUCCCGUGCCAGCGUGAGGGACACACAUAUCUUUCUCACCAACAUAGAUCACCAUGGCAGGGUUACACUCAACUCCUCUCUCGUGAGACUCACACUCAAGAACCUCAGGACCAUAGCCAAGGCUGUGACAGGCGAAACUGCACUACAUUCACUUUGGUCAAAGAUCAGUGAUUCAGCAUUCUCAGAAGAGGAUUUUCACUGAAGGUCUCUAAAGAGAGAGGAAUGAACAAUCAUUUCCCCACGAAUAUGAGUAGGCUGAGAGCUGCUCAGGAUCCUGAGAUUCCCGCGAAUAUAUUUGCAGUGAACUGAUAUAUAGUAUUGUAGUCUCCCACCUUUAAUGUUUUAAAUGGUGCAGUGCGAUGUUAUUAUCACGAAUAGAACCCUACAUGUUUUUUAUGAAGUAAUAUUCUUCUUGUCAUCAGUUUAAGUCACUCCUGUUAGCAGAAUUUCGGAAACAGUAUUUGUCAUGUCUACAAGA